UCUUGGUUAAAAGCUAUGGUAUUUGGGCUAGUUAAGCAGGUAUCUCUCUCCCACUCCAUAGGGAAUGAGCUGGGCAGACUUUGCUCACCACGUCCACCUGCACUUCGUUAGGGAGCAGAGCGUUCACAUGCCACACCACAAGAUCCCCACAAUGACAUAACUCCAUUCAGAGACUGGCGUGACUGGGCUGGGUUUCCCCCCUUCAGCUCUUGUAUCACUAAGAAUCUGGCAGCCAGUUCCGUCCUGCAGAGUUUACAGCAUAUAUUGGUGGAUUCUUGUCCAUAGUGCAUCUGCUUUAAGAAUUAACGAAAGCAGUGUCGAGACAGUAAGGAUUCAAAGCAUUUGCCAAAAAUGAAUCUAGGUUCGUUUACUCUCCUCUUGGCAUUGAUCGGUGGUGCCAGCGGCCAGUACUACUAUGAUUACGAUUACGUCCCCCUAUCGAUUUAUGGGCAAUCAUCGCCAAACUGUGCUCCAGAAUGUAACUGCCCUGAGAGCUACCCGACGGCCAUGUACUGCGAUGAGCUCAAACUGAAAAGUGUGCCAAUGGUGCCUCCUGGAAUCAAGUACCUUUACCUUCGGAAUAACCAGAUUGACCAUAUUGAUGAGAAGGCCUUUGAAAAUGUAACUGAUCUUCAGUGGCUCAUUCUAGAUCAUAACCUCCUAGAAAAUUCCAAGAUAAAAGGAAGAGUUUUCUCUAAACUCAAACAACUGAAGAAGCUGCAUAUAAAUCACAACAAUCUGACAGAGUCUGUGGGUCCGCUUCCCAAAUCUCUGGUGGACCUGCAGCUCACUCACAACAAGAUCUCAAAGCUCGGCUCCUUUGAUGGACUCGUAAACCUGACCUUCGUCCACCUUCAACACAAUCAGCUGAAAGACGAGUCCGUUUCAGCUGCCUUGAGAGGUCUUAAGUCACUUGAGUACCUUGACUUAAGCUUCAAUCAGAUGACCAAACUGCCUUCUGGUCUUCCCGUGUCUCUGCUAACUCUCUAUUUAGACAACAAUAAGAUCAGCAACAUCCCUGAUGAGUAUUUCAAGCGUUUUAAUGGACUGCAGUAUCUGCGUUUAUCUCAUAAUGAACUGGCUGAUGGUGGAAUACCUGGAAAUUCUUUUAAUGUCUCAUCUCUGCUUGAGCUGGAUCUCUCCUAUAACAAGCUUAAAAACAUACCGACUGUCAAUGAAAACCUUGAAAAUUAUUACCUGGAGGUCAAUGAACUUGAAAAGUUUGAAGUAAAGAGCUUCUGUAAGAUCCUGGGACCAUUAUCUUACUCCAAGAUCAAGCAUUUGCGUUUGGAUGGUAAUCGCCUCACCCACACUAGUCUGCCACCCGAUAUGUAUGAAUGUCUACGUGUAGCAAAUGAAAUCACCGUUAAUUAAUAUCAACUAAUUCCAAUUAUACUGAGGUGUAUCCUGAAGCAACAUUUUAUGAUUAUUUUUUUUGUGAGUCAGUUUUCAUAAUAUUCAUUUUUUGUUGUUUAUUACUUCCAUGAAUUUUAAAUUCUGAGGGAAAAUGUUUUGUAAACAUUUUACUACUUUUUUUAAAAGAAAAGAUGAGAGGCAGGCCUAUUUCAUCACAAGCACAGACACAUACACACACACAGACAAAAAACUUAAUGUUUUAUUUGUAAAUUUAGUGUUUUCUACAUCCCUACUGUCAAAUGAUGUGCAAAGCCUUUUACUGGUUGAAUGUAAGUCAGCCAAGUUUUAUAAUUCCUAAAUCUUAACUUAAUGUGCCAAAAAGCAUGGACUGCAUACAUAUGGAUGCUUACUGUCUUGAACAAAAUUAUCUCAAUUUUCAAAUGUUCAGAUUUCAAAUUUUAAUGUUCAAAUUUGUUUAGCUGAAAAAUAGGUGGUAAAUUUUGAGAUCAAUGAUUUUGCAAAAUACUAGACAAAAUUCAUGAAGCCGCAAACACAUACAACAGUAUUUUUAGUAUUAAGAAUUUAUAGUUACCUAGUGAAACUUUUCUUUUCUAGAAUUAUUUUUCACUCUAAGUCAUGUGUAUGUUUCUUUUUGAUUAUUUGCAUGUUAUGUUUAACAAGCUAAUAGCAAAAUAAAACAUAGCAAAUGGCA